GAUGCAACAGCAUCACCCCUCUGUAGCAACUUUUAUGAUUAAUGCAAUUAUCUUUCGGAACAAAAAAAAAAAAAAGUAACUAACCAAAAGAAAAAGAAAAAGUUGCAAAAAGUACAAACGAAAGAAAAAGGAAAGAAAAACCAUUGGGAAAUUUCGUAACCCUUUGAAAAACCCAGUGAAAGUAAUUGUUUCCCAACGUUCUUCAUCAUCAUCACAGAGUUAGUCAGUUAGUAGCAAAUGGAGAAAGGGAAAAGCAACAAAUCAUCAUCUUCAACUGCCAUGACUCUCGACCAGUUCGUUUCCACUAUGGCCCCUUUACUGGAUUUGGAAAAGGAAGCUGAAAUAUCACUUUCCAUGAGCUCAGCUGAGACGAGGAGUUUGGAUUCUGCUCGGAAGAAGGGCUCCACUAUUCUUAAUUUGAAGUGUGCUGAUAUCCAGACAGGGUUAAUGGGCAAGACGCUGAUGGAGCUUCAAUCAAACAAAGGGGAUAUUCUUCCGCCUCACAAGUUUGGCACUCAUGACGUGGUUGUUCUGAAACCAAACAAAGCUGAUUUAGGCUCCCCUGCACUUGGACAGGGGGUUGUCUACAGACUAAAGGACUCAUCUAUUACUGUUGCUUUUGAUGAUGUCCCAGAAGAGGGUCUAAAUAAUCCUUUACGCCUUGAGAAGUUGGCAAAUGAGGUGACCUACCGUCGGAUGAAGGACACAUUGAUACAACUGAGUAAAGGUGUGCUGAAGGGCCCUGCCUCUGACUUAGUUCCUGUUCUUUUCGGGGAGAGACCACCAACAAUGUCAAAGAAGGAUGUCAAUUUCACUCCUUUUAAUCGCAACCUUGAUCACUCUCAGAAAGAUGCCAUCUCAAAGGCGCUUUCAUCCAAGAACGUAUUUUUGCUGCAUGGGCCUCCUGGAACUGGGAAGACAACUACUGUUGUUGAGAUUAUUUUGCAGGAAGCGAAACGUGGUUCAAAGAUUCUUGCUUGUGCUGCUUCAAAUAUUGCUGUUGAUAACAUUGUUGAGAGACUUGUUCCACACAGAGUGAAGUUGGUGAGAUUGGGACAUCCGGCACGUAUGCUCCCACAAGUAUUGGAUAGCGCUCUUGAUGCCCAGGUUCUACGUGGUGAUAAUAGUGCUCUUGCAAAUGACAUCCGCAAGGAGAUGAAGACAUUGAAUGGAAAGUUAUUAAAAGCUAAAGAUAGAAAUGCAAAGAGGGAUAUCAGGAGGGAGCUCAAGUCUCUCUCCAAAGAAGAGCGUAAAAGGCAGCAGCUAGCAGUAACAGAUGUUCUUAAGAAUGCGGAUGUAGUCCUGACAACAUUGACUGGGGCAUUGUCCAAGAAGUUGGACGGCAUGUCAUUUGAUUUGGUUAUUAUUGAUGAAGCUGCUCAGGCAUUGGAAAUAGCAUGCUGGAUUGCUUUAUUGAAGGGAUCAAGGUGUAUAUUGGCUGGAGAUCAUCUCCAGCUUCCUCCAACCAUUCAAAGUGUAGAAGCUGAGAAGAAAGGACUGGGAAAGACACUUUUUGAACGUUUAGCAGAUUUAUAUGGAGAUGAAAUCACGUCUAUGCUCACUGUUCAGUACCGCAUGCAUGAACUGAUUAUGAACUGGUCAUCCGGAGAGCUGUAUGAUAAUAAGAUUGAAGCCCAUUCAAGUGUUGCUAGCCAUAUGUUAUAUCACCUAGAGGAUGUGAAGAAAACACCUUCCACAGAAUCAACCCUUCUGCUCAUAGACAUAGCUGGGUGUGACAUGGAAGAAAAAAAGGACGAGGAAGAUAGCACAUUGAAUGAAGGUGAAGCUGAGGUUGCCAUUGCCCAUGCAAAGAGACUAGUCGAAAGCGGAGUCCGAGCUUCAGAUAUUGGAUUAAUCACUCCUUAUGCUGCACAGGUCGUUUUCUUGAAAAAGCUCAAAAGCAAUGAAGACAAAUUAAAAGAAAUGGAGAUCUCGACUGUUGAUGGUUUCCAGGGUCGAGAAAAAGAAGCCAUUAUCAUUUCUAUGGUCCGAUCAAACUCAAAGAAAGAGGUGGGAUUUCUUAGUGACAGAAGGAGAAUGAAUGUUGCUGUGACACGAGCAAGGAGACAGUGCUGUCUUGUAUGUGAUACUGAGACAGUCAGUGGUGAUAAAUUCUUGAAGAGGUUGAUUGAGUACUUUGAGGAGCAUGGUGAAUAUUUGAGUGCUUCGGAGUACGGAAAUGAGUAGUGUUGUGUAGUUGGAAGCAUCAUUAUUAGUUGCCUCUUUUCAGUGCUGCAAACAGUCAAGAGAGAGCUCCAAAAACUGUUGCUGCUUAUAAUUUGUAGCUGUAGGUUAUAAUCCGGGAGCAGGCAAUCGGACAUGAAAUGUCUAAAUCACCUUUCUUGUAUGCUCUGCUGGCUAUGUAGGUUGGAUGCAGUAUCAUGGAGAUCUCAUUUUUUAUGUGAGGCAAAUUUUGACUUGACAAUGUACUAUGUGGUUGUACAUUCACUUAUAUAACUUUAUUGUGGGAGAAAAGUGAUGAGCAGUUUAGAGUGUUUAUAAUCUUUGGAAAUAUCAAGGGGCAUGUCAAUGCAUUUCGUGAAGAAGCUAACUUGAAACUCUGAAGCUCUUUUAUUUAGGUUCUCUGUUUUGCCUAUUGGCACAUUAUGAGACUGCUGAAAUACAGCUUGUCAUCAGACAUCUCAGAACACACGGGAAUAGUAUCUGAGUAUUAUUUAGCUUGUUAAAGUCAGCAAGUACAAAAGAUUUCAAGAUCACUGUAAGAUGACAUCAUUGGAGAUUGUUCAUUAUGUCCGAGGUGAUACAUACAGUAUGGCACAUGUAUGAGUUUCGUGGUAAGACUUCCAUCAAUGCUAUUGAGCUGUAUGCUCGUUGGCAAAAACAUGAAAACUAGCUCCACUUUUUUCUGAAGCAGAUGUUACCUCAUUUCCUUUGUGGCAAAUUCCUGUUGAUACCACAGCUGAAUGCUUGUUUACAAAAAUAUCAUGAGAAUGUGCUCCACUUUUCUUAAGAAGUACAGGUUCCUCUGAUAUUCGUUUGUUUUAGAUCUUUUGGUUCCAUAAGCCAAAUACUUUUAAUUAAUCCUGUUAGGUAAUUUUAUCUGGAGUGACUUCUUUCACCUAUGGCCUUUGCCAAAAAUGAAGCAUGGAAUUCCAGGCGUCAUA